GUAACAUUAAUGCAUCGUAUUUAUGUAUAUAAUAUAAGAACAUACAUGUGAUAUUUAUUGUAAUAUUUAUUAAAAAUUGAGUUUAUUUUGAACUUCUUUGCAUUAGACAUUAAUUUAAUAUAAUUAACAUCUGGAAACAAAAAAUGAGAUUAUAGUACAGUGAACAAUUUGUCUUUUGCGUUUUAUAACCUAAGAGAAAUGCAGUCAUCUAUAAACAUACAUUUAGAUCGUUUCUAUAUGAAAAUUGAUAAAAGACGUUAAAUUUCUAUCUAAAUAAAAUAUUAUAACAAUGUGGCAUCAUUGUAAAUUGGUUUGUAAUAAAUUUGUAACAAAAUGGAAUAACAUCGUUUUUUAUAAUUACAAUAAAAGAAUAAGACAUUGUAGUUCAAAAUCUACUGUAGAAACAAAUGAAGAUGUUGAUGAUCCACUUCCUAAGGAAGCAAAAGUUGUUAUAUGUGGAGGUGGUGUUAUGGGUGGUGCAGUUGCUUAUCAUCUUUCACUUUUGGGAUUAGGAUCUCAAACUGUUAUUGUAGAAAGUGGCAGAUUAGGUGGUGGAACAACCUGGCAUACAUCAGGAUUAGUAGGAGCUUUUAAACCAAGUUUAGCACAAGUUAAACUUGCUCACGAUAGCAUAGCAUUGUAUAAAGAAUUAGAAGAAAAAGGUUUAUCAACAGGAUGGAAACAAUGUGGCAGUCUUUCUUUAGCACGCACAAGAGAUCGUAUGACUGUAUUUAGAAGAAUGAAAGCACAAUCUAUAUCCUGCAACAUUGAAUGUCAUUUGAUUACACCAAAACAAAUAGAAGAAAUAUGUCCAUUAUUACGAAUAGAUGACUUAGUUGGUGGAUUAUGGAUCCCAGGAGAUGGGGUGGGAGAUCCAUAUCAAAUUUGUUUAACAUUAAUAGGGGAAGCAAAAAAGAAAGGUGUUAAAGUAUUUGAAAAUUGUAAAGUUACUAAAAUUAUUACGCAAAAUGAUAAUAACGUGAUUGAAGCUGUAGAAACAACACAUGGUACUAUUGAAUGUGAACAUUUUGUCAAUUGUGCUGGAUUUUGGGCACGUAAUGUAGGGAAAUUAAGCGAACCUUACGUAAAGGUACCUCUUCAUCCAGUAGAACAUUAUUAUUUGCAUACAAAAUUAAUUGAUGGUUUAGAUCCUAUGACCCCAGUUAUAAGAGAUUUAGAUGGGUAUAUUUAUUUUCGAGAAAAUAAUGGAAGUUUUUUGGCCGGUGGUUUUGAACCAGUAGCAAAACCAGCGUUUGAAGAUGGGACAAUACCUGAAGGUACAGAACAAAGAUUUUUACCAGAGGAUUGGGACCAUUUUCAUAUUUUACUUGAACAAAUGCUUUAUAGAAUCCCAAGUUUAGGAAAUGCAGUUUUAGAAAAAUUAUGUAAUGGUCCUGAAGCAUUUUCUCCAGAUUGUAAAUGGAUAGUUGGUAAAGCACCAGAAAUACGCAAUUAUUAUAUUGCUGCUGGUAUGAAAACGGUGGGUAUAUCAGCGGCUGGUGGAGUUGGUCGAGCAACUGCAGAAUUAAUUGUUAACGGCUCGACAUCUUUAGAUAUGUACGAGCUAGACGUGUCACGUUUUUUGGGACUUCACAAUAAUCGCAAAUUCUUACGCGAUCGAGUAAAAGAAGUUCCUGGUACGCAUUAUGCUUUGCAAUAUCCACAUCAUGAAUUUAAGACUGGUAGGAAUUUAAGAAUGUCUCCAAUUUAUCCAAAACUUCGAGAAGCUGGAGCUAUAUUUGGUCAAGUAAUGGGAUAUGAACGACCAUCCUGGUUUCAGUUAGAUGAUGAUAAUGAUUUAGAGACGAUUGAUGGAUUUCAAAGAUGUAAGAUAGCAUAUACAAAUACGUUUAGUAAACCACCGUGGUUUGAAGCGGUUUCGAAAGAAUAUGCAGCAUGUCGUGAAACAAUUGGACUGAGUGAUUAUUCUUCUUUCACUAAAAUUGAUUUAUGGUCAAACGGAAUGGAAGUAGUCGACUUUUUACAAUAUUUAUGUUCCAAUGAUGUGGAUGUACCAGUAGGAGGUAUUAUUCAUACAGGUCUACAAAAUCAUCGUGGAGGCUAUGAAAAUGAUUGUAGUUUAGCACGUAUUGCUCCCAAUCAUUAUAUGAUGAUUGCACCUACUAUACAACAAACUCGAUGCAAGCAUUGGAUUAAUCGUCAUUUACCCAUAGAUGGUUCUGUAGCAGUAUCUGAUGUAACAUCAGCAUAUACAGCAAUUUGUAUCAUGGGUCCUGCUACUAGGCAAUUGUUAUCAGAAUUAACAGAUAUUGAUUUAAAUCCCAAAAACUUUCCAUUUUUUACUUUUAAGUUUGCGUUGCACGUUUAUACAAGACUGAUAGAUGCUGGAGCUAAAUAUGGGAUAAAACACGCUGGUUAUUAUGCAACUCGAGCUUUACGAGUUGAAAAAUUUUAUGCAUUUUGGGGUCAAGAUUUAGAUACUUUUACUACUCCUUUGGAAUGUGGGCGAACUUGGAGAAAAGGAGUGAAUUUCAUUGGAAGAGAUGCGCUUCUGAAACAACGUGAAGAAGGUGUAAAACGAAAAUAUGUACAAUUGUUAUUAAAUGAUCACGAUCUUGAGUUAGACACAUGGUGUUGGGGUAGUGAACCUAUUUUUAGAAAUGGAAAAUAUUGCGGAAUGACAACUACUACAGGUUACGGAUUUACAUUCAAAAAGCAGGUUUGUCUUGGAUUUGUUCAAAAUUUUGAUUCGCAAGGACGCGCACAAGAAGUGACAAAUGAAUAUAUAUUAUCAGGAGAUUACGAGGUAGAUGUAGCAGGAAUAAAAUUUCCUGCAAAAUGUCAUUUACAUAGUCCUAAUCUACCGACCAAAUUUCCAGAUAAGGAAAGGGAUUCUUACCAUGCAACGCGUGAUCAUCAAGUUGUUUAACUCUAACGAUAUAAAUUUUGAAUUAUAUAUAAAUGAAUUAUAUAUAAAUAAUGUAUAUAAUAUUUAAUAAAUUAUUUAAUAAGUGAUAAUUAUAAAUUAACUAUAUACUUCGUAUAAAGCAAAGGAUCAUGUAAACCAGAUUUUAAUUAAUCAGCUUUAUCUUUUUUUAUAGCUACAUUCUUAAAAAAUUACAUCAAUACUAAUAAUUAUAUACUAUAUUACAGAUUUUCAAAUGCACCAUACAUUCUGCAAGUACUCCCUAA